AGUGAUAAAUUACAGUUUAACAAUAAUCUGUGAAGUGAAUUAAGUAUUUUGGAUAAGCUGUAACUUAAAACUAAGGUUUAACGUCUUGACGGAGCUCAUAUAAUUAGUGAAGUGUUGAUAAUGUUAACAGUGAUAAGUGGUUUUAAAUAUUAUUUAUCUUCUGUGAAUGUUUAUUAACCAUUUGAUUUAUUCAAAUUAUAAUUAAUUAGUGUUGUGAAUAGUGUACAUUAAAAAGCGUAUUCAAGAUGAUGACCUUAUACAGAACGAUUAAAGGGACCAGCACGUCAAGGAGGAAAAGGCGUGAAAGAAGCCUGGGCCCAUUUGACGCGGCGACGGGUGGGGAGAUGGUGUCACGACGUCGAAUCUUAUCGCGCUCCCGCGACGACCUCACACAGGCUUUCGCUACGCAAGUAGAGGAAGAGGAAGAUGUGUGGUAUCAAAAGGACAAACUUUAUAAGGAACACAUACAAGAAGUACUGGACAAAUGGACACAGAUCGACGACGAAAUCUGGGCGAAGGUGAUAGUGUUUGAGAAGAAUCGACGCGUGGCAAAGGCGUAUGCGCGUGCGCCGGUACUCACUAUCAAUGGAUCUGAUGACGGAUUUGACGGCAUGAGAAUCGGCCUUUGCGGAUUUGAUAACCCACUCAGAGACCCGAAGACAGAAGAAGUGAAGAAACACGUUGGACAGGGCGUGAAAAUAAAAAUGGAUGACGCCGGUAACAUACUCAUCAGACGCUACUCCAAGAGUAGUGUGUUUGUGAAGAGUACAGCCGCCACAAACAACGAGGAGACGGCGAUAGGCCAAGACAUACUUAAGCUGCCUGGAUACUCAUUGGAACAGGAGAAAAUAUUUAAGCUGUUCGACAUGAAGAAAUUCCAGUCGAAUGUGAACCGCGAACUUCGGCGCUCCUAUCCGGACCGGCGGAGGCUGGAGACGCAGUGCCUGAGUGCGGUCGCCUUUGUCAAGUCGGACGCAGACAUACUCGAGUGCCCCAUAUGGGUGCUCGUCAUCAACGUCGUCGCUAUGGAUAUGCUCAAAUCUAAACUGCCACCAGUACAAAGACCGCUGGAUAUCAAGAAUAGACCUCGCAUACCGAUUCCCGACGAAGACCCCUACAGCAUCGCCAGUUCUAACGCCAAUGGCUCUGGAUCUAGCGGCAGUUCCGGCGGAUACGGACUGGGUAACGGAUUGGGUAACGGACACGGCAACGGCCACGGCGUGGUGGCGGCGACGCGGGAGCAACUCAUGAUGCAGAUGGGACAGAAGAGAGGAGAGAAGCCGCCCAAGCUUCCACCGCGGGAGAACGGCUACGGACCUGCUGAUAUUCCCAAGCCGGAUUACGAUGACAUUGAAGUGAACGGACGCGUCCCGUCGCAGUUCCCGAGAGGCAAAUCGGAUAAAGGAAAAGACAACAAGAAAUACGAUGACCCGUACUACUGUGGGCUGCGUGCUCGCGUACCCAACUUUGUGAAGGCGAAUGGGAAGCACGUUCUGCCGACGAUGACGGAGCGGCUGACGCUAAAGGAGGCGCCGGUGCCCAGCAAGCGGUACAGCGUGGCGCACGCGCACCCCGGGCCCUUCCUACCGCACAUGCCGCCCUUCGCGCAUGCGCCCAUGCCGCCCGCAGCCCUUUGGCACGCCCGCUCCUACGAGAGCGGAAUCGAUGGCGAGCACUACGACCCAUAUGCACUAUACGGCCGACUGCCAGUACCCGGCCGCGGCUUCCCGCCCCCGCCCGCACCCCACGCCCGCCAAAUGUUCAUCGGAGAAUGGGACUAGAUUAUACGGGACCUAUUAGGAACUAACUCGAUUGUAUAUCGUUGCAUCGAUGUUGUGGAAAUUUGAAAUCGAUUUUAUUAUAACAAAGACUAAUGCUCAACUAUAUAGAAACUGAUAAUUUGGCUAAUAUGUUCAGGGUAUACACUAGCCUGUAACGUAGUCUGUUCCAUCUAUCCUUGAGAUGCCGGACUAUAAAUGAGUGUAGCCACUCUAAUUACUAAACUAUUCUUGAUUCGUUUAGAUUUCAAUAAUAUCGAUGUGACAGUAUAAUUAUUGGAUAAUGUGUAAAUAUUCAUACUCUUUGUAAAUUAUGAAAUAUCUGAAAAACGGUCCGUCCUGACUUGGAUUAUAAUUCGAUGAAUGGUUUAAUGAAUUUUAAAUCCUGAUAAUAUUAAUUAGUAAUUACGAUGUUUUGUAAAAUUGGCAUAGAUCGUAUUAUUUACGUAUACAGCUAUCAUAAAAGCGUGCAUA